GCAAGCAGUCCAUGGGCGGCGACGUAUUACCGCGGCCUUCCAAUGAAAAACUCCGAGGAGGCCGGGGCGGGAAGCUUCAAACGACAGGAACAAGAUGGCGGCGCCGUGUUGACUUCGCGGCUUUGGCAACUCUAUGGCCGCCGACCACCCAGCGAGAUGAGUUCGCUGCGCCGGGCCGGGACGCGCUGACGCGACCGGCCUGGCCCGCUUCACGGCCCACCUCAACGGACCGCCCGCCCAGCUCCGCCGCCUCCGGGAGCCGAUGCAAGACGCCGCUCUGCUUGCUGGGGAAGAAGCGCGCCUGGCGCGGCCGCCCUUCCCUUCCCCGCGGCCGCCCCCUCGCGGCGCCACGAAGCAGCCCCGGGCUUUGCAGCUGGCGGCGCGGCUCUGCCGGGCUCUGCGGGGCCGGGACGAGGCGAUGGUGGCUGCCCUGCUCCAGGAGGGAGCCGACCCCAACCUGGUCCUGCCGGAGGGCGUGGCCCCCAUGCAUUUGGCUGCCGGCCUGGAGCAGGAGAACGGGACACGUCACCUCUGCCUCCUCCUCCAGCACGGCGGAGACCCCAACGUCAGAUCUGGGGAAGGCCUCACCCCCGUCCACGUUGCAGCCUCCUGGGGAUGCACUGCCUGCUUGAGGCUCCUACUGGCCGAGGGCGGAGACCCUCAACUAGAAGACCAGGAUGGGAAUCGGGCCUUCGACCUGGCGCUGGAGCAGGGGAACGAAAUGUGUGUUGGCAUCCUGCAGGACGGAGGGUGGAACAGCGGCUCCCCUCAGCGGAGACUGGAGAGCUUCCUGUCCACCAUAAUGGAAGAUGCUGGGGCAACUGGGCUGGGCGACUCUCUCCCUUCUCCAUCAGAUAGACCCUCCUCCUGGAAGGAGGCUCGUCAGCACGGGGAGCCGCCUGGGACCUUCCCUCCAAACGGUGGGCCCGGGCCUUGCACCCAGGACCGCUCGCCCUCUUCCUUUCUCACCGAGUGCUCCUGGCAGGGCAACACAAUUUGGGGUCUGGCUGACUUUGGCGUCUGGCCGGUGGAGGCCCCCAAUGGCUUCCCCUCCCCUGGGACCCUGCCCUCGAGCCGUGCCAACGCGGGGACCUGCUGGGGGGGUGAGGGGGGGCGCUCUCUGUCAGGGGCGGGUAUUGAGCAGUCUUGGGACAUCCAGGCCUCUGCAGAGGGAGGGGGCCGCUCCCCGCUGGGCCCAGACACGGCUCCGCUCUCUUCAGUGGGCAGACCGGACAGGCCAGGCGCCGUGGGAUCCCCACGGAAGGCCCAGCCCUCUGCCAGCCUCAGCCCUGAACCAGAACCGGCCCAACUCUGUCGCCUGCAGGAGGCCAAGGGGUGUGGCCUUUCUCAGGGGUGUGGCUCCCUGGAUCUGGGCCUCUUGGAGAGGCUCCCAAGCCAGGAUGGGCUGGACGUCACCUGCCGUGAUCACCUGGCCGAGUCCACUGCCGUGUUGGACGUUGGAAAGGAGGCGGUUGGCCUGGCCUCUGUCCUGGGGGUCAGCGGGACUCUGGACGGCUGCUCGGCAAGAGGAAGGUCUCCAGGCCGGUGCUCAGCCGCCAGCACUGACCGGUACCUUUCGUGCAUUAGUGAAUGUUACACCAGCGCCGUGGAGGACCUGGGACACGGCUGCCUUCCGGCGUGGGAAGGCUGGGCGGGUGCCUCUAGCAGCCCUGCAGGCGGCUGCCUCACCAGCCACGGAGGGUCGGGUCGGGGGCCUCCAGCCUGCCUGGGGAGGGGUCUCGGGGGCCAGAGUACUCUCCCCACCAGAGGGGAGGCCCAGAUCUUUCCCGGGAGUCAAGAUUUGGCUCUGGCCCCCAACAUGAACUCGUGGGAGGUUUCACAGGGGAGGGGAGGGGUGGCCCCCCCAGAGAACGGGGCUCCUGGGGAAGGGCCUGUGUUGGUGACUGGGGGCCCCACGGAGACUCGGGGGCUGCCCGUGGAAGGCCAGGGGCCGGUCCCCUCUGCAGCAGGGGGGGAAGAGCUGGCGGAGGCGGGCCCAAGAUGGAGUCGGCCGCGAUCGGCUCUCCCCACCAGCCCCCAGCCGGGCUCGUCCCCCGAAGACACCCGCCCUGUGCGGUGGAGGGCAGAGGAGGGGCAGGGCCUCCGCGGCCACCGGGGUCCGCCUGGGCCGAGCAGCACUGCGGAGGGGGCCCCGUGCCCGCCCGCCUGUCUUGGAGAAGAGCCCCCCAGCACUCUGGAGGCCCAGCUGCGGUCGAUGAGGCUGCCCGCCAAGGCCGGCCACCCCCCACUCCUCCCCUCGUGCCGGAAGUGCUGCCCAGGGCCCACCCGGCCCCAGAGCCCCCCGAUGGGGACCCUUCCCCAGCAGAGCCUCAGCGCCGCCUCUCUCUUGGAGGAGCCCCUGGAGAUGCCCAGGCGGGUCAGGAGGAGCCCCGGGCCAGGCUCACCCCGAGGAGGGGCUGCGGGUCUCCCGGCCAGAGAGGCAGAGGAGACGGGGGAGGCCAGGGCCCCCUCGCCUCCUCCCACCACCAGGAAGCCGUCCUCGAACCCAGGACCAUGCUCUUUGGGCGGAGGGGAAGCCUCCCGGGUCAGUUUCAGCCGGCUGUCUGGGAGGAGCCCGCCUGCCCCUGGCCCCCCAGGAAGGCUGAGCGCCCCCCGCCAGGAGGUGCCCCUGUCCCCGGGGGGGCGGCCUGUGCCCCUGAGCACCCCGGAGCCUGUGGAACACCUGUACGUGGACGAGGAAGGCGGCCAGAGCCUCAUUGAGCGGCACCUGCCCCCCACCGAUGACUCCGGGCCCAGCAGCUCCGAGGGCAGCCUGGCGGGCGACUGGCAGGAAGCGGGGGGCAGCGGGGCAGGCGCCCCCUUGAACCCGGAGCACCUGACCGACCGAGCUCUGGUCCUCAAGCUGCGCCAGUUGGGGGCCGACCCGGGACCGGUGACGCCCCUCACUCGGGGGCUCUAUGUGCGGCUGUUGGAGAGGCUGAGCGGGGAGACUGCUGAGACCCCCGGCCGGAAGGGCCCUGCAGCCUACAGCCCCGAGCUGACCUCUGCCCUGCACACCUACCGGAUCCCCCCAUCCCAAGCCGACGAGAUGGCUCUGGCCGCGGAGUUUGACCAGCCGGACAAGAACCGGAGGUGGCGGGAAGGGCUGCUGAAGUCCAGCUUCAACUACCUGCUGCUGGACCCCAGGGUGACCCGGAACCUGCCGGCCCGCUGCCAGCUGCUCAGCCCAGCCGAGGCCUUCCAGACCUUCGUCCAGGCCGUCUUCUAUGUGGGCAAGGGGACGCGCGGCCGGCCCUACCGCCAUCUCUACGAGGCCCUGAGCCACUACCAGGAGGGCCAGGGGACACCGGCAACGCAGGUCUCCUCCAAAGUCCGGCACAUCCUGGAGAUUUGGGCCGGGGGCCAGGGGGUCGUCUCCAUGCACUGCUUCCAGAACGUGGUCCCUGUGGAGGCCUACACCCGCGAGGCCUGCAUGGUGGACGCCAUCGGUCUGAGGAGGCUGACCAAUCAGAAGAAGGGCAACUAUUAUGGCUCGGUGGCCGGCUGGCCCAUGAAACGCCGGCGGAGCCUGGGGGUCUUCCUCCUGCAUCGAGCUCUGCGGAUCUUCCUGGCGGAGGGCGAGCGGCAGCUGCGGCCGGCUGAUAUCUGAACUGGCCCUCGACCUGAAGCCCCCCGGGGGCCCCUUCCCCCCAAGCGGCGCCCCCGGGGCCUGGAGCUCAGCCGAGGGGCUCCACCCGAUCCCUCGUCCACACAACCCAGGGUCACAGAUUGUGGGGUUGCCCGCAGCCGGCUUCUGCGCUGGACGCCGGGUGGAGGUUGA